CAAACUUCGUCAGUUUGCUUUACAAAGCUCUUAUAAAAGAUGGGAUACAUGCCUAUAGAGAUAGCGAAGAUCUUUGGGAAGGAGAAGAGAUUUGUCCGUCCCUUCUAAGAGCAAUCCGAGGGUCUGAAAUCUCGAUUCCUGUCUUCUCUAAAAACUAUGCAGAUAGCAAAUAUUGUCUCUUGGAACUUGCUGAGAUAUGAAAGUGCCAUUUAUCUAAUGGUCAAACCAUUUUUCCCAUAUUCAUCGAUGUUGAGCCACGGGAUGUUCGACCUCAGACUGAAAGUUUUGAAAGACCAUUUCAGAAGCACAAGAGGAACUACGACUCGACUGACGUAGAGAGUUGGAAGAACGCUUUGAAAAAGGUGGGCGAACUAAAGGGAUGGUCUCUCAAGGGGGUCACAACUAUUGAGGAUCAAUUAAAUUUAGUCCAGUCAAUUGUUCAAAGGGUUUUGGGAGAAAUACGUAGCACCCCCUUGGAUGAAUGUAAACAUCCUAUUGGAAUAGAUUCCCACAUAUAUAAAUUAUUUUCUUUAUUAAAUAUUGGUUCUCAUGAUGUACGAUUUGUGGCAAUAUGUGGCAUGGGCGGCCUAGGAAAGACAACUAUAGCAAAGGUUGUCUAUAAUCGCAUCUUUAGAAGCUUUGAUGGGCAUAGUUUUCUUGCAAACAUGAGAGAAGAAGCAUCACAAGGAGACAAGGGUUUAAUUUCCUUGCAAAAUCAACUUCUUAAAGAUAUCUUGAAAAGGGUUGAUGAUGUGAGCAUUGUUUCUCAAGGAUCAAAAUUGAUAGAAAAAAAAAUUCAAAAAAAAAAAAUUCUUCUUAUUCUUGAUGAUGUGGACGAUCAUGUACAACUUGAUGUAUUGGCUGGUGGAAUCCAUUGGUUUGGUGAAGGAAGCAGGGUCAUCAUAACAACGAGAGAUGACCAAAGUUUGGAUACGCAUAGAGUUAAUAAAGAUAUUCAAAUUUACAAGCCUGCAGGACUAAAUUUUGAGAAUUCUCUUCAACUCUUAAGUUUGUAUGCGUUUUCAAAGGAUAAACCUCCAGAAAAGUAUAAGCAGCUUUCAUAUGAAAUCGUAUGCUAUGCUGAAGGGCUACCUAUAACUCUAGAGGUGUUGGGUUCCUUUUUAUUUGGAAAAGACAAAAAAGAUUGGGAAGAUACAGUAAAAGUAUUGAGAGAAAAUUCUGAUGACAGGGUUCCUGGAAUGUCAAUCAAAAGCUAUGAUGAUAAGGUCAUUGGGAAGUUGAAGAUAAGUUAUGAUAAACUAAGUAAAUCUGCAAAAACUAUAUUUCUUGAUAUUGCAUGCCAUUUCGCUGGAUGGUUAGCAGAAGAAGCAAUUUCAAUAUGGGAAGCUUGUGAGUUGCAUCCAAGAUUAGCAAUAAAAGAACUCACUCAAAUGCACCUCGUGAAGACAAAGGUUGAUACUAAUUCUAAAACAAUGCUGAGAAUGCAUGAUCAACUUCGAUAUAUGGGAAGGAAAAUUGUCUCAGAAGAUAGAGAUGGGGACCCCACCAUACGUACUAGAAAGUGUUCUCUUGAUGAUAUCUCAAAUAUAUUACAAGACAACAAGAGAACUCAAAUGGUUGAAGGUAUCCUUCUUGAUUGGGAUAUUGAAUUUGAAGUUGAAGUUAAUCUAAGCUGUGAAGACCUUGCGAAGAUGUCCAAUUUAAGAUUUCUCAAUGCUUACCCAAUUGAAAACCUCAAUGGGGACCUUUCACAUCUUCCUUCUAAAUUAACAUGGUUUAGUUGGCACCAUUGCCCUUUGAGAAUUCUACCAAUCAAUUUUUAUCACAAGGAACUAGUCCAUCUUGACUUAUCACAAAGUCGUAUCAAAUUAGCUUGCACUGACAUACCUCAAAAUAAAAAUAAGUUCAAAAAAUUGAAGGUUCUUAUUCUUUGCAACUGUUUAGAUAUCUCUCUGUCUCCCAACUUCUUCUCAUGGUUUCCGAGCUUACGGAGACUGGAUCUUACGGGUUGCAAUUCUCUUUUGGAACUCCCAGAAAGUAUUUGUCAAAUGGGUUCUCUCGAAAGUCUUAUUCUCGAUUUUUGUGUGUCAUUCAACAAGUUGCCUACAUCCAUAGGUGGUCUAAAAUGUUUAAUUAACCUUUCAGUACCUACGACAAAAAUUGAAGAAUUGCCUGAUGGUGUAGGGCAGUUAGAAAAGCUUGAGUCAUUAAACAUUUCACAUUGCUACAAGCUAGUGAAGCUACCAACAUCAAUGACUAGAAUGAGGAGUUUGCUUUAUUUUUAUAUGAGAUAUACUACGAUUGUAGAAUUCCCAGAUGAUUUUUCGAAGCUCUCAAACUUAGAGUUAUUAAGAAUGCAAAUGGUGGAGAAAGAUUGCACGGGGCUUCAACCACUCUCAAUCAACAUGAGUGGUUUUCCCCCUCAGCUUCAAGAGCUGUCUUUGGAAGGCUACAAGAAAAUUAGAUUUCUCCCAAAGCUUCCCUCCACUUUAGCUGGCCUGGACAUUGACAAUUGCAUUUCACUGCAGAUGAUUUCAGAUCUAUCACACUUGAAAUGUCUAAAGGUAUUGGUACUUCAUCUAUGCAAUUCAUUGGUAAGAUUACCAGACAUGUCAAACCUGAAAAUUUUGAGGAAACUAGAGAUUAAAAAUUGUGAAAAUCUAGAGGAAAUUCAGGGCCUUGAAGGAACAGAAUCCUUGGAAAAGUUGGAUAUGCUUUAUUGUCACAAAUUAAGAGGGUUACUAGGUUUGUCAAACCUGAAAAGAUUGAGUAUAGUUAUUUUGAGCUGUGAAAAUCUAGAAGAAAUUCACCUCGAAGGAACAGAAUCCUUGGAAAAGUUGUCUGCGGAGGGUUGUUACAAAUUAACAGAGACAACGAGGAAGAUACAUGGGCAGGGAAUACUUCUAGAUAAUGUUAGCGAAGGACAGGGAAGUAACUCAAUUGCCAGGUCUUUUCCUUUAUCCCAUUUUAAUGGGUCGCCAAUUCUGUGUGUUGUUUUUGCAUUGACAUCUGGGGAAAGGAGGGAAUCAGUGAAGUUUGUGGCGGGUAAUCUAAUAACCAUCAGUCUUGACAUUCAGGCUUCUAUCCGUCGGGGAGUAAAAAGCAACUACUUUUCACAACAAAACAUGAAAGUGACCCACUUUUCAUAUUCCAUUAGAAUUGAGAACAUUGAAUUCACUAAUAAGAGAGACAUAAUCUACAUCCACCAUUUUAAAGAUUGGUUUGAUUUGAUUGGGCUUCCGCUGGAAAGCAAAGAUGCUAUCGAGGAAUUAAAUGUACGGAUAGACGACAUAUUCUGGAACUCAGAUUCUGGCCACGACGAUAGUGAUAGUGAUAGUGAUAGUGAUCGGAUCAGCGCCCAUGUGAAAUUGUGUAAGGUGUUGUUUGAAAACAAGGAAUUAGAGCAGCAAUUGCCUAACCAACAAUCCAGUGCUAUGUUGGUGGCAGAUUUCUUCAGAUGGUCAGAUGUAACUAUAGAUUCAUAUGGUGGGGUCAGAGGACCCGAUACUGUUCCUGAAGAGGUGGUGGAUAAGGAAGAAGAUGACGCAGCUGAUCCAGGGGUAUGCAAUUGCUUUGUUGCAGUGAAAGCUGUUUGGUAUUUUCUUUGCAAAGGUUUCAAUAUAGAGAUUUUUGUAGUCAUAUUAAUCUAUUGGUUAUGGAGGUUUUAUUCUUCUGGCGAUGAAAUAUGGGUGCCACCGCCAACUUGAUCAAUGAGUAACAAAUGUCGUUUCACGAGGAGGAUUACAAGACCAUCCAACUAGUGGUCAGGAGGUUGCAGAAGUGUGUCCCUGGUUCAUGCUUUUAGGCUGCUUCGGUCCCAUAGCAUUGAUGGCAGUGGAGAAAUAUUCCUCUUCACAACUGGUGAAGAGAAAAAUGGGGUCCAGGAGAUGUUUUCCAUUCCAUUUUAGACUGAACAGUCCAUUGGAAGAUAGAGCCAAACAAGGUAAUUGGUUUGGAUUUGGAGUUAUUCCCUGGACACAAACCUUACAAGAUGUUACAGUCACAAGAUUUGUUGCUCGUUAGACAAAGAAGAACAGCGUGAAGUGGAUGCAAAGUUUAUUUCUGCCCUGAUGAUGAAGCACAAUCAGAUGGAGUGGUGGGAGUGUUUGGUGAAAGGUGACCCUGAAAUUGAUACUCAGAAAGUGGAACCUGGGAACAGCAAACUCUCUGAUCUGGACCCUGAAACCCGACAAACCAUCGAAUCAUAGUGCGAAUUAGUUUAGUAACUCUUGUUUCACAAUCUUUCUUUCUCUUAGAUGGUGUAAAGUUGCUUGCAGUUCAAUUUCUAUCUGUUUUAUUAUUUGUAUCUACCCCAUUUUUAUUUGAGAUUACAUGUUGUGUCCUGCCUUGCAAUUUGAUCAGCAACAGAUAUCCAUGGGUCUUCCUACAAACGAUGAGAUCCACAAGUGAGAGAUUCUCAAGAAAUUCAUGGCUGAGCAUUCAGAGAUGGACUUCUCAAGGGCAAAGAUAUCAGAGGAGGAUUGUUUCACGUGAUACAUAAUGUUUAUAGAGCUCAGGUUUUAAGUCAUUUUCGAGAUUUUAUAAGAGUUAAAACAAAGUUAUGAGGCGGAAUUUCAUGUGCUGAUAAUGGGUCUCUCAAUGGCCAAGCAUCUUGGUUUCAAAAAGAUUUGGUUGAGUGUGACUCAGCUGCGGUGGUGGUAAUGGUGUCAAAGGGGGUAGUCCCAUGGUUUGUUCGGAAAAAAUGGGGUGCUCUACAAAGAUUCCUUAAUCAGAGCGAGUGGAAGAUUUCUCAUUGUUUUAAAGAAGUAAACCCUAUGGCUGACCAGUUGGCUAAGUCAGCGGCAAAGUAUGAACUUUCAACUCCAAUUGCUGAGUGGUCCUCAAUAUUGCAGAAUUUUCUUCGAGAAGAUGGUCUGGGAUGUCCUCGAUAUUGGAUUGACUAAGGAGUGGUCCUGAUUUCGAUUCUUUUCUAUGGUUUUUGGCUAGUUUCUUCUCCUGCUGAUGGCAAUACAGAACGUGGGGUUGGAAUUGGCUUAAGAUCAUAUUGGUUUUAGUUUUCCUAAUUAUUCUCCAGGUUUUCUUUGUACCUUUUUUUUUUUAUAUACAAAUUAUCUUUUAGAAAAAAAAUUAAUGGGGAGGUUUCUUUUUGACAAAUUCUCUGUUCAGUUGUUUAAAGUAG